CCUCGGCUAGCAGAGAAAUACUGCGUUUGCCACCUGGCUACUGGAGACAUGCUGAGGGCCAUGGUGGCUUCAGGCUCCGAGCUCGGCAAGAGGCUUAAGGAGACGAUGGAUUCUGGCAAACUGGUCAGCGAUGAGAUGGUCGUGGAGCUCAUAGAGAAGAACCUUGAGUCGCCGGCCUGCAGGAACGGAUUCCUGUUGGAUGGAUUCCCCCGAACGGUCAAACAAGCAGAGAUGCUGGAUGACUUGUUGGACAAGAGAGACGAGAAGCUGGACUCUGUGAUCGAGUUCUCCGUCGAUGAUUCUCUGCUGGUUCGCAGGAUCUGUGGCAGACUAAUUCAUCAGCCGAGCGGCCGCUCCUACCACGAGGAGUUCAACCCCCCCAAAGAGUCCAUGAAGGAUGACGUGACGGGUGAGCCACUGAUCCGCCGCAGCGAUGACAACGAGAACACCCUGCGCUCGCGCCUGGAAGCCUACCACCGGCAGACGUCCCCUCUGGUGCAGUACUACAGUGCCAGGGGUCUGCACACGGCCGUCGACGCUGCCCAGAGCCCAAACGUCGUCUUCGCCUCCAUCGUAGCCGCGUUCUCCGCCGCCACGGAAAUGCCCGCUCGUGCCACAGCCUCUGGUUGAGUUCAGAGCUGCUUCAUGCCCACAGAGGCGAAGGACUGGAGCUGGCAAACAGCUCAGGUGGGCAGAAAAACGGAGGGGAGGGGCAGGCAAUAAGAGGGGACUCCUUAGACUGAAUAAGUUAAGGUUGUUUUGGGGUUUUUGUUGCACAUUUCUAUUUCAAGUAGAUCAUGACAGGAAUAAACAAAGCCAUCUUGUUGUCACAAUCCUCAUGUUUUCCCUUCUAAUAAAUUUCCUGCUUUUCUACAAUCAUCAAA